AUGCAUAGUAUUGUUCUCGACGACUCCUUAGUCCUUAAUGGCGAUGAAUAUCAUGCUCUGGGCCACUACCAGGACAGAUUCAUCGCAGACCGGCUGCUGAAGACCCCUGGCUGGUCCACGUUCGCAUGCAUUUUCCAGUCCGUCUGGCACAUCCCCAUGGCCAUGCAUUUCAUCAUCGCAGUCUCGUCCCUCGAUCUAAAUAGACGGUCGCCUCGCCCAGCAAUCAACAUGGGUGUGAGUAGAACACACUUCCGCAAGGGUUCCGAAAUGCUCAUUCAACUGAUGGACCGUGACGCCGAGCCGGAUCACUUUAGCACUCUCAGUGCGUGGCUUUUUCUAUAUUUAUGGCUGAGCUGUCGUGAUAUCCCGGAUAAGAUGGCCGUCGAUCGGCUCAGCAUGGCGGUUCGUAACUAUAUUCAGCGAUACCGUCUAGACAGUCUCAGUGCCGGUACCAUCACGUCGCAUGAGAAAUCCCCUGCCUCCUCUUCCUGGCACGACCCACUUGUAUCAGUAUCCUCUGAAGCCGGCCUCAUUGGUCGAUUGACACUGUUCUUGGCAUCAGAGGAUAUUGCGAUGGCGUUUGAAGGUUGCGGUGGCCAUCUCGCGAGGCAUGUAUUCGGUAAUGCGGACCUAUAUUGGCAGAUAUUCUCUCAGCAACGGUUUAUCUUGGAGCGACAUUGGGGAGAGUCGUAUCCGGAGUACGAAGGCAUGCAUGAUCUUGAAACGACUGCCGCAAUGGAGCUUGGAAGCAAAGUCGGGUUGCUCUUCCACAAGGUGAACGAACUCAGUCAGAUGGUUUCGGAGGAAGCAGAACCACUUGUUCUGGACAUUGAGACAGGAAUUUUGGAAAUAGAAAGGGAGUACAGCUCCAUCCUGCACAUAGCACGAUCACGGUCCUCAGCGACACCUAUAUCCUGUCUCCUACGCACAGCGGAUGCUGCAGUCAGUAGUUUCUAUUUCGUGAAGCUAUACUACUUCCGAUCAACAGUGAGCGGUUGUCCAACAGCGACUCCACCGCCACAACACAUCACGUCCGCCAUGGCCGACCUGAUGAACAUUGCCCACCGAGCAUUCGUCGAGCAGGAAGCACGGGGGCAAGAAACGUUCCAGCUGCCGCUUUUCAUGGUCGGCAUUGAAACCCAAGAUCUAAUCCAUGUGGAUUGGAUCAUUCCCAAAAUAAGCAGAUUGCGCUUUCGCACAGCUUUGAGUCGCAUUAGGGACAUCCAAGAUCAAACCGGGUGUCGACUAUCUAUAACCCGCAUUAGAGACAUACUGUGCCACGCAGCGCACCCAAUUCCUGCUUAA